AUGCCGAAAACCGAAAGUAUCGACAUGACUUGGCAAGCGUACCUGGCCGAAUCGACGUUAAACACAACGUUUCCACCGUGUCCGCCGUCUUCGUCUGCCGCAUCCACCACUUGGACAUGCGCAACCUCGGAGGCUGGAUCUCGCGAAGGUGUGGCAUGGCCCGAGUUCCCACCGCUAGCACGGUCAAUGUCGUAUGGAGGGCAAGGCAGCGCCGAGCACGCGCAGCUGCAGUAUCUAUCCAUGGGACAUGGGCAGCCUUUCGAACGUCGCCCGUCCAAUUUGUCCGACAUGUUCACGCCGCCUCCCUUUGAGACACCGAUCGGGAGUAUCACUGGUCUAGAUAAUCAAGGGCUCCUGAUGGCUGGGAGUAUCUGCGCCGAUGCGGAAGCUUGGCAACAGCAGAUGAUCCCGCCAGGGGAAGCCCGCUUCGGCGCCUGGCCAUCCAACAAGACCUCCGGGGACCAACAGAUAUGGCUUGAAGAACAACGACAGCAGGUAGUUGCGGCUCGAGCGCCAUCAGAGGCCUAUUAUUCUGCCUGA